ACAACAGAAGAAUCAAAGCAUUCACUCAUGGGAAAGUGUAGUCAAGUGGUAACCAUCUCUGCUUUGACAUGCCUAACCCAGAUUCCUCAGGUGAAACUUCAGGAGAGCUGUACAAAUGCUGACCACUGUCCAGAUACAAACUGGAUUCAUCUCUGGUACAUUUGGCUUGUAGUUGCAAUUGGUGGGCUCCUCCUCCUCUGUGGCCUGGUCUCUGUUUGCGUGAGGUGCUGCUGCCUUAACUGCCAACCAGCAGGGGAAGACACCAACCCCCACCCAUACGAGGUCACAGUCAUCGCAUUUGAUCAUGACAGCACCCUUCAAAGCACAGUCACUUCCCUCCAUUCGGUGUUUGGCCCAGCUGCUAGGAGAAUAUUAGCUGUCGCUCAUUCCCACAAUGCUGGGCCCGCAGCACCUCACUCUGCCGGAGUGGAGAUACCCCCCAUUUAUGAGGAGGCUCUACACAUGAGUAGAUUCACAGUGGUCAGAAGCGGAGAUCGAGACCCAGAUUUAGAGCCAAUGCCAAAAGAGAAGCAGACAGCAGGUGCUGAGAAAGAGGACCCACAAGCAACUCAUCCAUGAAAUGAAGGCUCCCAGCCAGAUGUCUUCAAGUACUGCAAAGGUUGAAAAACCCAGGACAGAUUCAGAAGAAUAUGCUAAUUGAUCCACUUCAAAUUGUUUUCCUUUGAUAGUUAAACAAAAGUUUACAAAAAGUGCAGGAAGUGAAGCCCUUAUUCUGACCAUUGAGCAUGCCCUCUUAGGAGGAAAGUUAUCCUUGUCUUCAUAUAAAAGGUAUAAUCUUCCCCCACCCUCCAUACACACACCUUGGGUACCUCAUGUUAUAGCUCCAGAGUGGCUGCAGAGUUGUCAAAUCUCCUGUGGUGUAGUAUAUGGCCAUAGCAUCGAGGGUGUAUAGUUUGACUCAUAGUGGUCCACCCAUUGAUUUUAAUGAAAGUGUGGGUCCAUAAAACUGGUAAUCCAAGCAGUAAGGUAAGUAGGUAAGGUAUCUCUCUAAAGAGAUUUCUGGACAAAGGGUAAGAUUGGUAGUUGAGCAAGGAUAAUAUAGGGUUCUGUGUCCCUCUCCAGAAGCACUAUAUAACAAUAAUAGUAACUUUGUUAGCCGCCCAAUAACAUAUUGGUCUCCGGGCAGCUCACAACAACACAACAGGAGAAAACAUCUAUUAAAAACAUACAAAAUAAAUUACAGUACAAAAUAGAAAAUACAACAUACAAUACGAAACAUUUUAAAAACUUGUUUUAAAAUCAAUUUUUUAAAAGCCUGAGUGAACAGAAAGGUCUUCACCUGGCAUCUAGAAGAACAAAGUGACAAUGCCAGGUGAGCCUCACUGGGGAGGCUAUUCCACAGUCAGGGUGCCACCACUGAAAAGGCCCUUUCCUCUCUAUUAGCCACUCACCCUGUAGGGGAAGAAUGAUAGUUCAGCCCCCAAAUAGCAAAGCAAAACCAGUUUGGUGAGAAAGCAGCAAAGCAAGAGGUCUUGAGACAGUUCUUUAGUAUUGAAUAACUACAAGGAUGUAUUUAAAGAAAAGCAAAUAUGAAAAGGCCUGCAGCUUAAUUUCAGCUUAAGAGAGAGCUGAAGAGAGAGACCAAAAACAAACAGCCAUCUCUGGAGAGACAAAAUUGAGAUUAACAAUGGAAGGACAAAGAGGAGAGGAGUCUAACAUUUUUUCCCAUAACGCUAACCCCCCACCCCCACCCCGCAGUGGUCACUAUAGCUGACACUGCCAAGGUCCUAGCUCCAACACUCCUUCUCAUCGGCUCGUGUUGCUGUCUAUAAGUCCCAACUUCUCUCUCAAGGUUUUGAAACAAUCCCUGGGCAAUGGCUUAGUUAGCACAUCUGCUACCAUUUGUUCACUUGGAAAAUAUAUCAAUUUUACAAGUCCCUUUUCUUGAGCAUCUCACACAUAACAAUAUUUUGUUUCAAUGUGUUUUGUUCUAAAUUUAAUUUUCUCCAUUUGUGAGAUUUGAUUAUCCUCAAACAUCUCAGUGGGUUUUGGUCCAUCUAUGUUGAAAUCUCACAGUAGCUUGUCCAGCCACGCCACUUCUUGACAUGCUUGAGUGGCAGAUACGUAGUCUGCUUCAGUAGACGAGAGAGUAACUAUUGAUUGCUUGCAGCUAUGCCAAUUGACGGCUCCACUACCAUAAAAGAAUACAUAACCACCGGUUAACUUCCAGUCUAUUUGAUCUUCAGCUCAGUCUGCAUCCAUAUAGCCUACUAAUUUGGGUCCACUACUCGCAGGCAAAUUUAAUUUUAAAUGAAUUGUCCCUUUUAGGUACCUGCCUAGUCUCUUUACCGCAGUUCAGUCAUCUUUGCUGCGUGUGCUUACUUCCCUACUCAGGAUUCCCAUAGAUGCAGCUAUAUCUGGUCUUGUUAUCAUAGCAACAUAUAAAAGUUUUCCAGUCGCUGUCCUGUACUCACUGUUGUCUGGCAGAAGUUCAAUUUUUCCUCCUUCUGUUUCCAUAGGUGUACUUGUGUUUCUACUUGUAUUUGCACAGCUCCGUAAAGACUGUAUUAGUAAUUUGAAUAGUUUGUGAUUUUGCAAACCUUCAAAUUUUUUGAAUUUUCUUA